UUUUUGGCGGGUUUUCUGCUUUCGCUUGUAGGAUUGUGGUUAUGAUUUAAGUUGCUGUUUUGAAAGUAGUGCCGCUGCUUAUAAUUGAUUAAUUAGUAAAGCAAAAUGACGGAAAUGGAAAUAGACUGUGAUGACAAAAUUCUUGCUGCUAUAAGGGAAAAUGCCUGUAUUAAAUCUGAACAAACCCUGGAUUCUUUCGAUCCAAGUGCUUUCGCGGAUUUACUUCCAACUUAUUACAAUCGUUUUUUCCCUUUUUCUUUGUACUACAAAUGGUUAAGAUAUAAUGAUGAUAAACUUUUUACAAACAGAGAAUUUUCUUUUACAUUGAAGGAUGAUGUUUAUAUUCGAUAUCAGUCAUUCAAGGAUGAAGAUGAUAUGAGAAAGGAAGUAGUUCAAAAGUGCCCUUUUAAAAUUGAUAUAGGUGCUGUGUAUAACUUUCGACCUAGUGAACAACGAACUGCUUCCAAUUUUCAUCCACUUGAGAAAGAACUGGUUUUUGAUAUUGAUAUGACAGAUUAUGAUGAGGUUAGAACUUGCUGUAGUGGAGCUGAUAUAUGCAAAAAAUGCUGGCCUUUCAUGACUGUAGCUCUGAAAAUUUUAGACCGAGCACUAAGAGAGGAUUUUGGAUUUAAUCACCUUUUAUGGGUUUAUUCUGGUAGAAGAGGUAUCCAUUGUUGGGUAUGUGAUGAAGAAGCCAGAAAAUUAUCUCCAGCUGCUCGAUCUGCUAUUGUUGAAUAUUUAAGUGUUGUCAAGGGUGGAGAGUAUCAAUCAAAAAAGGUUUAUCUGCCAGAUAUUUUACACCCUAGUUUAAAAUUGGCAAAAUCAAUUGUAUCAAAAUAUUUUGAAGACUUAGUGUUGGAUAAACAAGAUUUUCUCAGCAACUCAGAAAACUGUGAUAAAAUUAUUGCCAUGUGUUUAGAUCAAAAUGGAAAAGAUCUGAUGAAAUCCUCACUUGCAGAUUGUGUAACAAGUGCCCAGAAAUGGGCUCAAGUUAAACAAAUAGAAGAAAUUGCACUUCGACAGAAAGGACUCAAAAACAGAAACAAGCAUUUUAUCACAGAAGUGAUGUUUCAGUUAUGUUACCCACGUUUGGACAUCAACGUAACUAAAGGUUUGAACCAUCUUCUAAAAGCUCCCUUUUGUGUUCAUCCAAAAACAGGUCGUGUUUGUGUACCAAUUGAUAUCAACAAGGCUGAUUCUUUCGAUCCUUUUAUGGUUCCAACUAUUUCGAGCCUUUGCAGAGAAAUUGAUAGAUUUGAUGCAACUAUCAAAGAAGAAAUGAAAGAUGAAGCAGGGAAUGUUGACCUGGAACUAUCUUCUGUGAAGAUUGAUGAUUACAGUAAAACAAGUCUCUAUCACAGUAUCGAAAUUUUUAAAAACUUUGUAAACAAUUUAUGUUCUGCACAGACAUAGCUCUAUAUAUAUGUUCUUCAUUAGGAUGUUAAUACACAUACAGUAGCAUUAAAUUUAGAUCAGUUUACUACCAUAUCAUCCAAGUACAAUAAGAACUGUUAUUUAAAGUUUGCUUGAUUAUCACAUUUAUGGACUUUUUCCCUCUUAAUUUCCUAUAAAUUACCAAUGACUGCUUUAUUGAUUACUUUCAAAAAAUUUUUUAUCCAUUAAUGAAGAAUUUUACAGGAGUGCUUCAAGUAUCCAGAAAAACAAUGUUCAUUAGAAACUAUUUUACUCAACUAAUAAACAUAUACUGAUUUUCA